GCAGAAAAGGACGGAAGGAAGGAAGCAGCUCGGAGCGGCAACAGCCGAGCGACGGCGGCGGUGACCGGACAUGAACUUUAGCGAGCAGCCUACAACUUUACUCAGAGUUUAGAGAGAGACGACGGAAGCAGCAGCAGCAGCCCCUUCCCUUCACCUCUACUCAGUCAGGGGAAACAAGGAAGUGAGGAGCAGGCAGACUCCCAGUCGUUUCCCUCCGGCUUGUGCUGUGUUGAGUCCACCAUCAUCACCGACCUCAGAAGAGGCCAGCAGGAUCCCUUUUUGCUUCGUGAGCAGAUCUCUCCGGUAUCAGUCAACCGCCGUCAACGCUAGCAUCGUUAGCUGAACCCCUUGGUGAGGGAGGGUCCACCUGAAGGAGUCAUGUUUCGCCCGGGUUUGUAAUGUCCGAGCCCUGCAACGGACCCGGACCAGUCCAAGAACGGGGGCGGAUUCGUCGAGACGUGCCCCGCUUUGUGAUUGGCUGUGAAGAGGAUGAGCAAGACAUGGGCCAAAUGGAGGCUGGCAUGAAGAACGAGAUGCUUCAUCAGGACGACAUGGAGGUGUAUGAAAAUGAAUCGCCAUCAGAGCGACAGAUCGUUGUGGGCAUAUGUGCCAUGGUGAAGAAGUCCAAAUCGAAGCCCAUGACUGAGAUCCUGGAGAGGCUCUGUAAAUUUGACUACAUCGAUGUCGUCAUCUUCCCUGAGGAGGUGAUCCUGGAGGAACCUGUGGAGAAGUGGCCGCUCUGCGACUGCCUCAUCUCCUUCCACUCCAAAGGUUUUCCUCUUGACAAAGCUGUGGAAUAUGCUAAGCUCAGGAAUCCAAUGCUCAUCAAUGAUCUCAACAUGCAGUAUUUUAUUCAAGACAGGAGGGAAGUGUAUCGGAUCCUUCAGGAAGAGGGCAUCGACCUGCCUCGCUACGGAGUGUUAAACAGGGACCCUGACAACCCUGAAGAGUGCAACCUGGUGGAGGGGGAGGACCAUGUGGAGGUGAACGGGGAGGUGUUCCCUAAGCCCUUUGUGGAGAAACCUGUGUGUGCGGAGGACCACAAUGUCUACAUCUACUACCCAACGUCUGCUGGGGGAGGCAGCCAGAGGCUCUUCAGAAAGAUUGGAAGUCGCAGCAGUGUCUACUCCCCAGAAAGCAACGUGCGAAAAACUGGAUCAUACAUCUACGAGGAGUUCAUGCCGACUGAUGGCACCGAUGUGAAGGUUUACACGGUGGGCCCAGAUUACGCCCACGCUGAGGCCAGGAAGUCUCCGGCCCUGGACGGUAAGGUGGAGCGAGACAGCGAGGGCAAGGAGAUCCGCUUCCCCGUCAUGCUGACCGCCAUGGAGAAACUGGUGGCUCGCAAAGUCUGCCUCGCCUUCAAGCAAACUGUGUGUGGAUUCGAUCUGCUGCGAGCCAACGGCCAUUCCUACGUCUGUGACGUGAACGGCUUCAGCUUUGUGAAAAACUCCAUGAAGUACUACGACGACUGCGCCAAAGUCCUGGGGAACAUGGUGAUGAGAGAGUUAGCCCCCCAGCUGCACAUCCCCUGGUCCAUCCCCAUGGAGGCUGAAGACAUCCCCAUUGUCCCGACAACCUCAGGAACCAUGAUGGAGCUGCGCUGCGUCAUCGCCAUCAUUCGUCAUGGAGAUCGGACCCCAAAGCAGAAGAUGAAAAUGGAAGUCCGUCAUCCUCUCUUCUUUGAGUUGUUUAAGAAGUAUGGAGGAUACAAGACGGGCAAGCUAAAGUUAAAAAAGCCAAAACAACUGCAGGAAGUGCUGGACAUCGCCCGCCUGCUGCUGGUCGAACUCGGUCAGCACAACGACUGCGAGAUUGAGGAGAAGAAAUCCAAACUGGAGCAGCUCAAGACAGUGUUGGAAAUGGAAUCCAGCUUGAAUGUGAAUCAGUACGGCCAUUUCUCUGGAAUCAACAGGAAGGUCCAGCUGACCUACCUUCGAAACGGCCAGCCUAAAGCCUCCAGCGAAGAAGAAGACUGUAAGAAGGACGGCCCGUCCCUGCUGCUGGUGCUGAAGUGGGGCGGGGAGCUGACGCCUGCUGGCCGGGUUCAGGCCGAGGAGCUGGGCAGGGCCUUCCGCUGCAUGUACCCUGGAGGUCAAGGUGACUUUGCGGGGUUUCCUGGCUGCGGCUUGCUGCGUCUGCACAGCACUUACCGCCACGACCUGAAGAUUUAUGCCUCUGACGAAGGCAGGGUUCAGAUGACUGCUGCGGCUUUUGCCAAGGGCCUGCUGGCUCUGGAGGGCGAGCUGACGCCCAUCCUGGUUCAGAUGGUGAAGAGCGCCAACAUGAACGGACUCCUGGACAGCGACUCUCUGACCGACUGCCAGCAGAAGGUGAAGGCCAGACUACAUGAGAUCAUGCAGAAGGACCAAGAGUUCAUCCAAGACGACUUUCAGAAGUUGGCCCCGACCGGCAGUCCAUCCCUGGUGAACUCAAUGAAGGUCAUAGAGAAUCCAGUCAAAACCUGCGACAAGGUUUACGCGCUCAUUCAGAGCCUCACCUCGCAGAUUCGAAAGAGACUGGAGGACCCCAAAUCCGCAGAUUUGCAGCUGUACCACAGCGAGACGCUGGAGCUGAUGCUGCAGCGCUGGUCGAAGCUGGAGAGGGACUUCCGCAUGAAGAACGGCCGCUACGACAUCAGCAAGAUCCCGGACAUCUACGACUGCAUCAAGUACGACUCGCAGCACAACGCCUCCGUCGGCCUGGAGGACACGUUGGAGCUCUUCAGACUGUCCCGCGCUCUGGCCGACAUAGUCAUCCCACAGGAGUACGGCAUCAAUAAAGCGGAGAAGCUGGACAUCGCUGAGGCGUACUGCGUCCCUUUGAUGAAGAAGAUCUACCUGGACCUGCAGAGGACCCACGAGGAAGAGGCCGUCAACAAGCUGCACCCUCUGUAUUCCCGCGGAGUGAUGUCUCCUGGUCGCCACGUUCGCACACGACUCUACUUUACGAGCGAGAGCCACGUCCACUCCCUGCUCAGCAUGUUUCGCUAUGGAGGACUGCUGGAUGAGGUGAAGGACCAGCAGUGGAAGCAGGCGAUGGACUACCUGAGCGCCGUGACUGAACUCAACUACAUGACGCAGAUCGUCAUCAUGCUGUACGAAGACAACAACAAGGACCCGUCCUCGGAGGAACGUUUCCACGUGGAGCUCCACUUCAGCCCGGGGGUCAAAGGGUGUGAAGAUGAGGAGAACGUGCCGCUGGGCUUUGGUUUCCGACCCGCCUCAUCAGAGAAUGAGGACAAAAAGCCCAAUCAGGGAAGCCUGGAGGAUCUUUCCCAGGAUCAGACGGACGACGCUCUUCCGGUCACAGAGCUCAUCAACCUGCAGAGACGCUCUCCAAUGAUCCGCAACCGCAAGACGGGCUCUAUGGAGGUCCUCUCUGAGACGUCGCCCAACCAUUCUUCCAAAGGCUGCACAUCCCACCGGCUCUUCCAGUCGUGUUCCCGCCAGUCUCCUGAGAUCAAACCAGCCGGAGGCCUAGUCCCUUCCUCAUCUCUCUCUUCUUUCCAUCGCCUCCCCCUCCUGUUUCUCAUGGCUGCAUAGCUUUCAGUUCAGCUUAGCGGUAGCGCAAACAGGAUCAGACUCCAAACUAUUCAGGCGAGAGGUCAGCUGGGAGUUGAGGCGUUCGCAGCCAACAUCAGGAUUUCUUUGUCACAGGACGCUUACAGACGUUCCGACACUCCCUGUAGGAAAUAAACGUUCAGCGCAAGGCUGCAGGUUUUAGCUGACUGACGUUUAACACAGGAAGCUAAUGUCAUAGGAUCAAACUAAAUGCUCUCAGAUCACUGGUCACUGAUUAAAAUUGAAUUGAAACAUUGACAACAUCUUGCCUUGCAAAAGUAUUUAUACCCCUUAAAGGGGCAGCGUUAUGUAUUUUCCAGGCACAUAAUCCCAUUUUACAGCACAAAAAUGGGAUUAUUUUUGUGCCAUUUUUUUGGAAUUCGUAAUUCCAAAUUUGUUAUUUGGAAUUGUUAGAAAAAUUACAUAUAUAUAUACAUAUAUUACUUAAAAUAAAUUUGACUUUUCAAAUUAAAGCCUUGAAAUUGGGCCUCUGUCCCUUUAAGAAGCUCCUGCUCUUUCUGAAACUCCGCUUUCAGGAAGUUGUCACAACAAAGUUUCUCCGUUAAGCCUUUGACAAACGUUUUUCAAACACCAUUCAUAGUUGCCAUGGAGAUUAAAGGAUUUCUCAGGCACUUCAGGCAUGAUUUUGCUGAAGGAAUAACUUAAAAAAAGUCAAUUUUACACAAUACCGCCCCUUUAAACGUAUUAGCACACCGACACUUCAAAGGUGGUUAAUUCGAUUUCCCAACUUUGUGUCGGUCUAUCAGGUAUUAUUCUAACUUUUUGUUUCUUGUUAAAAAAAACUUUUUAUUCAUUUAAGACAUUCUUCUAGCAAAAUUGCAUCUUCAUUCUACUAAUAUUAUGACUAUAUUCUUGUAACAACAAAAAUUCUCAUAGCCCGACCCUGAUACUUCAUUGAAGUAAAACCCACGUUUUGCAAAUUUUUUUUUGUAAUUUUCUUUUAAAUGGCUUUUUAAGAAAAGAAAGCAUUUUUUAAAUUUUUUUUAUCUGGUGUGAAAGAAAAUUGUAGACUUUAAUUUUAAGCCAUAUUGUGCCAACCCCAGGCCAGAGUGGAUUUUAUUUUAUGCAGCUCAUACUAGUGCAUACUUGUGAAUUAGAAAGAAAUUUAUAUUUUAUAGUUAUUCAGUUGAUCAUAACAGGAAAGUCCAGCAACUGUUGUCCUGUCAAUCGAUUCUUCUACCAGAUUUUUAUUUAGGGGAAUCAGAAAAAAAAGGGGACAGACGCAUGUUUCUGUUAGUCGAUUGUAGAGUAUUGCGUAGCAGCAGAUGAGGUUAUCAGUUUCUCACAGUAUAAAAUCCCAACAAAAAGGUAAUGGGGUAUGAAUACUUUUCAUAUGUCACUGUGUGUGAAAGUUUUAUUCAGAUUUUUUUAUAUAUAUUUAUUUUAUUAAUUUAUUUUGUUGUUUGUUUUGGAGAGCGGUGGGUGUUUUCUACAGCUGGCAUCUCCUCCAUCACAGUUAUUUAUUGUUUUUUCUGUUUCAGAUAAAAUAUUCUCGAGUCUGGAUAAAGAUUAGCAAAUGAGAAGAGAUUUUUUUUUUUUUAAUAGUCCCUCGCUGCAUAACUCCAUUGCAUUUCCUGUUGUUGGUAACUCGUCUUUCUCACUGCCACACCUGGCAUGUUGCAUCAAAGUGGUGCUGAAUUUGGUGCCGAAUCUGUGAGGAACAAAAAAAGGUUUGACUCUUGGAUUAAUUCUGUUUUAAAACACUUCCAGGAUUUAGUUGACAAAAAAAAAAAGUCACUGACCACAUAUUCUUGUGUGUUGUGUGGUUCAUUUAGUGCUUUGUAAAAGUAUUCACUGUCAAACCUUUUCACAUUUAAGUGCAGUUUUUGGGGGAUUUCACGUCGUCGUCCUGAAGUAGUUGUCACUGAGGGAUAAAAAACAAGAGUCGAAGCGUGACCUGGCCUUUCUGCAUGCAGUUUGCAUGUUCUUCCCAUACAUGCAUGUGUGUGCUCCGGGUAUUCCUGCUUCAUUAGCGGUUACGCUGAGCAUCCCGUAGGAAUGAGUGUUUGUGCUUGUUUGUUCUCUUGUUUUCCUGUGACAGACUGGCGACCCAUCCACGGCCCCUCACUGUCCCACACGGAUAAGUGCUGUAGACAAUCAGUGGAUGGAAAAUGGCGCAUUGUUUACAAAACUUUUCAGUAAUAAAAAUCUAAGGGAAAAAUGUGGCGCAUGUUUGUAUUGAGCUCUCCAAAGUCAAUCCAUCCAAUAAAAGCAUCCCAGCAGCUUUCUGCUGUCAUUGCAGUAUGUGAGUGAAAGGAGUCAUCGAUAUUACAAAAGAAAACCGAAAAUUAAACACAGGUGACCUCAGAUUUCAUCUUUCCAACGCCUGCAUUGCGGUGCUGACUGGCUACUCUGACGAUUUUAACGGAGUUGACUCCUUGGGAUGUGACCAAAACAACUCGCAUGGCGUUGUUAGGGAAAUGUCUGGAUGAGAGGAUGCUAUAAAGAGUGGAGUUUCCCUCUGCUUGAUCACAGGAGGAUUUUGGAGCAAAGUAUGUAAGGGAUGCAGCAAAUAUGUGGAAGAAGCUGAUGAGAUCGAAGUGAAACUUUUUGACUCGCAUGCAAAAUGCUUCAUGUGCCACAAAACACUGCACCUAAACCUUAAAAGCAUCAUCCCAGUGGUCUAACUUGGUAGUGGCAGUAUGAUGAUGUGGGAAAGAUGGAUAAAGCUAAACACAGUGCAAUCAAAGCUAAUCCAAGGUAUUGAACAAGAGCUCAAUACAAACACACGGACACCACACUUUAAAGAUUUUUAAUUUUAAACUAAAAAGAAAAACUUAACAUAACUUUGUGUUUGUGUGAUAAAAUCACAUUAAGGUUUGUGUUUGUGACUUUAGGAGCUGUGAAGUUUAGCAGAAAGCCGUCUGACCUGAGUGAAGUUCCCCCCCACCUUCUUCAAAUCAGACAAAAAUGGUCUUAAACAUUUGUACUACGUUUGUGCGGCAAAAAUAUUCGUUUGUUCCGCUAUUAUAUUAAAGAUAUUAAGAAAUGUUUCCAGAGGUUAUGAAAGAUCACACACACACACACACAC